AUGGAAGAGUCUCAGAGUGAAAAGCAGCGCAUGAUGCGCCGCCACAGCCGCGAGAAGAAAGAGCUACAGGCCCAUAUCCAGAGCCUGAAAAACUCCGUUCCGAAGAGCGACAAGAAGAACAGAAAGCAGUUGCUCCUAGAUGUGGCCCGCCUCGAGGCUGAGAUGGAGCAGAAACACCAGCGAGAGCUGGAGGAGUUCCAUGAGAGCCACCCGGGCAGCAGCAGCAGCAGCAUCGAUGCUGUCACUGAAGAUCUGGCCAAGAUGGAUCUCGAGAACCAGCCUCCGCGACUCUCGAGGGCCCAGAAGCGGCGAGAAAGAAAGGCCGCCCUUGAGAGAGAGCGCCAAGAGAGAAUCGCUGAGGCCGAGAUGGAGCACCUGGCCAGCUUCCGCCAAGAUGAGGAGGAGAAGCUGGCAACCAUCUUGGGGGCCAAGAAUCUGGAGAUGAAAGAUAUCCCGGUAGAUUGCCACUCCAUGUACCGGGCCAUCCAAGAUCAGCUGGUGUUCUCCGUGACCAUCGAGAGCCUGCGUUCUCGCACCGCCGACUACAUGCGGAAGCACAUCGACGACUUUCUGCCUUUCUUCUGCAACCCCGAAACCGGUGAUGCCUACGGCCGCGAAGAUUUCCUGUGCUACUGCGACGACAUCGUGCACAGCGCCUCGUGGGGAAGCCAGCUCGAGCUGAGGGCCCUGUCACACAUCCUGCAGACCCCCAUCGAGGUCAUCCAGGCGGAUUCGCCUGCCGUCGUCAUCGGGGAAGAGUACACCAGGAGGCCGCUCAUCCUAGUCUACCUGCAGUACGCCUGCAACCUCGGUGAGCAUUACAACUCGGUGAAGCCGAUGGAGGCCGGCGCCGCUGGGGGAACCCCUCCGCGCCUUUUCUAG